AUGGCGUUUCCUCUGCGUUUUUGUCUUCCGAAGGAGAACGGAACUAAAAAAAAAACCCAGCUUGCAUCGUCGGAGACAUUGGCGUGUUCUCGAAACAUCGCCAGGUGUCAUUCGGGUUUCCUCGUGAGCCUGACCCAAUUCGUCAAGAGUUGCACAGAUCGCUUCUUCACAUGUAACAGCACCCCAUGCGACUUGGCCGAUACGCACUACAGCGCCGCGGACGUCAUCAAACCAUUUUGUCUGAUAGUUUGCUUACACAGGACCGCUGGUUGGUUACUUGGCUCUGAGGAGCUCAGCCUGUCUGUCACUUGGUAUGCUAUAUCACGCGAGAGCCUCACGGUGCCUUGGAAUCGACACUGCUGCUCCGGGACCCAAUUUUAGAAGUGUCUCGCUCUCAAAACAAAACUUCAGUCUUUUCCUGCUAAUGCGUGGUAAU